AUGCGGUUGCUGAAAUGCGUCCCACGGCCGGAUGUCAAUGUCCGGACCUACCUAGGGGAUUCCGCUCUCUCCCUGGCUGCCCACCAAGGAUAUACAGACGUGGUUGCGCGGCUGUUAGAAACCUGGCAGACUGACCGGAAUGGCACCGACAGGUGGGGACGCACUGCGUUAUGGUGGGCAGCCCGGGCGGGUCAGGCGCGAAUCGUGCAGCGGCUGCUGGAGGACGACCGGGUUCUAAUCGACGUGAUGGAUAACGACGGGGUAGAUGCUAUGCAUGCUGCGAGUAGCCAUUAUCGUUUUGACGUUGCUCGGCUGAUUCGGACUCAUUGCUCUACGCGAUACAGUAACUGGACGGGAAGUGCCCCCCACCAUUUGAGGACUAGAAGUUAG